UGUUCCGCUCUGGCCAUGAAUAUUCCUCCCCUGCCCCGCUCUGCUCUGCCCCUUUCAGAUCUACCAAAUCAACUGGACUUGCCACUUAACCGUCUCGGCCGAUCCAUGGAGCAGCAGGCAGCAGCGCACGAGUCCAAGAUGGAGGAGCUGGAGCUGCCUACGCUGGACCUCGACCAUGAGUCGUCCAGUCGUUUCACGGAGCAGCUGGCGGCGGCGUGCCGGGACCACGGCGUGUUCCGGCUGGUCAACCACGGCGUCCCCGCCGACCUCACCGCCCGCCUCUUCCGCCUCACGCGCGACCUCCUCGACACGGACCCAGCCAAGAAGGCCAAGCUGCCCGGCUACUUCUGGGGCACGCCGGCGCUCUCGCUCCGCGUCAAGGACCUCAACUGGGUCGAGGGCCUCCACCUCGCCCCCGACAACGCUUCUGCCGACGACGGCGGCGCCGCCUACUCGGCCUUCAGGCAGGCGGUGACGGCGGAGUACGUCGCGCACAUGGCGCGCAUCGCCCGGAAGCUGUUCGACGCCCUGGCCGGCGACCUCGCUCUCGCUCUCGACGCGGAGCAGAGGGCGUCGUACCUGGAGGAGCGCGGCGGCACCUUCCGCGCGUACCGCUACCCGGCCUGCGACCCCGCCGCCGGGCGGCAGCACCUGGGGAUGGAGCCGCACACGGACAGCUCCGUGCUCUCCAUCCUCAACAUGGACCUCGUCGGCGGCCUGCAGGUGCUGCGGCGAGACGGACCGAUCUCGAGGUGGUGCGCGGUGCGGCCGGUGGAGGGGGCGCUGGUGGUCAACCUGGGCGACAUGAUGCAGGCGAUGAGCGGCGGCGCGUACCGGAGCGUGGAGCACAGGGUGGUGGCGCCGCCGCCGGGGACGGAGCGCAUGUCGCUCUGCUACUUCGCGUUCCCGCAGGAGGACGCCGUCAUCGUCCCCAGCAGCACCGGCAAGGAGGAGAGGUACAGGGCGUUCAGCUACCGGGAGUUCCGGGAGCAGGUGCAGGCCGACAUCAAGGCCACUGGCGCCAAGGUCGGGCUCGCCCGGUUCCGCAUCCCCGAUCAUCCAUCGCCGGCUCCACAGUGAAUGCAAUGGAUCCGUGAUGCAUCGGCCUAACUCAUGUUGGAGCCGCAAGAUUUUUCGCAAGAAAAAAAAGAAUAAGCCAACUAGACAUUUCACCGUGACUUGUGAUACGCUAAUCCCUCAUUUUCUGAUUCUGGCAUCUGAAAUUCAAGAUUUGGCCAAGAAUUAACCUAAGAAUAUGUGGGAUUGUGGAUCAUGUUACACAAUUUUUUUAUCCCGUA